UUUUCGAAAGAGAAUUGUCUACGGAUAAAGGAAAUGUAUUUCCAGCUUGAUUCUGACUUCAAUGGAUUGCUGUCUUUGUCAGAAAUGACUGAUUUUCAGAAAGUUUCAAACUUUUUUAUACAAAGGUUUGAUCCCUCCGCUCUGAGCUAUUAUUUUCGAAUAAUGGAUGUUGAUGGCGAUAAUUUACUGACUGCACCAGAUAUAUCGUUCUUCUAUCGCGAAAUUGCUGAAAUGUUGGAGGAUAAUUUCCCAGAAAAUAGUUCUCAAAAGGCUCCGUCGCUGGAAGUUAUUGUUUCUGAGGUGUUAGACAUGUGUCAUCCAAAAAACCCUCAUGGGAUAACUUUGAAAGAGCUGAUUUCGUCUGGUAAAGGCGGAACAGUGGUGGGAAUGUUAACUGAUCUGGAUGCAUUCUUUGAAUAUGAAAAUCGCGAAGAGCACAUUUUUGAUGAAUGA